AAAGUCCUGAUGCUCCCCAGGCUGGCAGCAAUGUUCCCUUCCCAGCGCAUCCCCAGGGGCAGGUUUUGGGGUGGAGAGGAGGGUGCUUGUGCUUGGGGAGGGCUGGCCCUGGAGGGGAGGACGGACAGACAGACAGACAGAGAGACAGAUGGAUGGAUGGAUGGACGUCAGACGGGAGGUGGCAUCAAGCAGAAGUGGCUCCGGGAUGGGGUGAGCUGCACCAGAGCAGUGUCACUGCCCAGGGACUCAUCUCCAGCGCCAUGACCUCGGCUGCUCCACCGCACGCCGGUGUCCCCGCAGGAGGGGACGAAGUCAAAAUGACACCCGCUCGCCUUGCCCGUUCGACUCCCAUCCUACUGGAGAUCCCAUCCUUGGACAAGCUGGGUGCUCCCUCCGUUGGCUGGAAGGUGGUGGUGGAGGAAGUGUCCUUGGAGCAGCGAUUAUAUGAUAGAUACGGCGUCACCAUGAGCGGGGUGUUGAAAAGGAAGUACGAAGAGCUGGGGGACGACAGCACCUACUGCUCCUCCUCCUCCUGCUCGCCCCUGUCCUCCUCGGCGUCCUCGGGCUGGGACUCGGACGAGGAGAGCUCCCGCGGAGAGAGCAAGCCCGGCUCUGCCUUAACGCCCAGCUUCACCCCCACGUCCAUCCUGAAGAAAUCCAAGCGGCUAAAGAAGAACAACGUGGAGUUUGACCAGGUCACUGUGUUCUACUUCCCGCGCUGCCAGGGCUUCACGAGCGUGCCGAGCCGUGGGGGCUGCACGCUGGGGAUGGUGAACAAGCACAGCUCCUCCCGGCAGUUCACGCUAGCAGAGUUCUCGAAGGAGCAGGAAAACGUCCGUCGGGAGAAACUGAAAGAGAAAUUGAAAGAGGAAAAGUUGGAAGCCUUGAAAUGGAAGCUAACCAUGAACGGCACAAAGGAGUCGGAGGAGGCCAACCAGCUCACUAUCGAGGACAUCGACGAUGACGACAUCGACGUCAGCAACGUGGACCUGGAGGACGGCUUCUUCCUCCAGCCCUACCCCGCCAAAAAGAGGCGGGCGCUGCUCAAAGCCAUGGGGGUGAAGAAGAUCGACAAGGAGGAGAAGCGGGAGCUGCACAGCAUCCGCCUGUCCCGGGAGGACUGCGGCUGCGACUGCCAGGAGGUCUGCGAUCCCGAGACCUGCAGCUGCAGCUUGGCGGGCAUUAAAUGCCAGAUGGACCACACCUCCUUCCCCUGCGGUUGCACCAAGGACGGCUGCGGCAACACCGAGGGCAGGAUCGAGUUCAACCAGUCCCGGGUGCAGACCCACUUCAUCCACACCAUCAUGAAGCUGGAGCUGGAGAAGCAGCAGCAGAGCAGCGAGGGGGCGGCGGAGGCCGAGCCUCCCUUCCGGGAGAGGCUGCCGCAGCUGGGCUGCGCAGCGGGGAAGGGGCCCUUGGAGGAGCGCGCGGCGCCGCUGGCCCCCGCCUUCCAGUUCAGCCCCGAGCUGGAGGCCCUGGGGGAGAACAGCUGCAGCAGCGACAUGACGGACUCCUCCCUCUCCUCCCACCCCAGCGAGGACCUGGAGGAGCCCUACGAGAGCCUCCCCUCCGACAAGUCCCAGUCGGACGUCGACGACGACGGCUUGGCGCGCAUCCUCCACUUCAACGACUCGGAUGCCGAGGAGGAGGGCGGCCGCUGCCAGGACAACCUGAGCUGUUUCCACCCUGCCGACUUCUUCAUCGAGGACCACGGCGGCGAGGCCAAGCCCGGCCCCGUGGCCUCGUCCCACCUCUCCGAGUGCCUGGACGAGAACGCCAACCAGGACGGUGGCGGGAUGCUGGAGGAGGCCGCCCACGCGCGCUGCGAUGGGUUGUCCUGCUGCGCCCCGGCCCCGGCCGAGCCCUGCUCCAAGAGCUACGCCGACCUCAGCCUUUCCUCUGACUCCUUGGAUUUCUUCCAGUCCUUCUCGGACUAUAACUUGGGACCUCUUUACAACUCCUUGAAGGAGUAUGAGAACCUCGAUAACUACUCAGCGUUACAGUUUCAGUUUCCUAAUUUCCCCGGCUUCCCGCAAGCUGGAGAUCAAGGCUCCUGUUUGUUGGAGUCUCUCUUCGGUUUGUCUGAAUCCGUCCCCGAAACCCCGGCCCCUUUCACAGACAAUCAGCAUUUGGAGGACGCCAUCAAGUCGUCGCUGAUGGAGACGGUGAAGGUGUGAGAUGCCUGAGUACCCUGGGACGGGAAGGACCGGCAGCAUCGGGGUGCCGAAACCAAAGCCGAAGAACGGUGGGACAGGCAAACUUUCAGCGACAGGAUGAUGUGCUACG